AUGGCGGCCGCGUCCGGCGAGCUUCCGCCUGCUGCUACAAGGGAGAAGAAAGAUCCGAGUUUUGCAGAAUCCUCUCCGGCGGUCCCAGCCAUGGCGGCCGGAGACGGGUGGUCCACGCUUCCGGGCGACCUCGUCCGCCGCAUCGCCGACUCCUUCCUCGACGACAACAACCUCGACUGGUACAUGGACUACCGCGCCAUCUGCACCGGCUGGCGCGCCGCCACCGACGACCCAAGGAGCGAAGCCUCCGACGCCCGCUUUCGCCCGAGCCGGUGGAUCGUCCUCGACGAGGCCUUCCACAGCCAAGGGAAUCUGCUCCUGUUGAACACCGUCACCGGCCGCUUCCUCCGCAAGAAUUUUCCGCAGCUCGGCGACCAUGAAAGUUUCGUCAGAUACAACCAUAAGCAGCCAUUAUUAGCUUACGAUUUCUUCCGGAAGGCGGUCGUGGGUGGUGUCUACGCAAGCUUUUCUGAAGCAUCCGUAGUUCGUGAGAUGAUUAUUUGCUUAGGCAAAUUUCUGCCGGUUGAUCUUGCUCCUGUUACCGAGGUUCUCUCCCUUGAUCUUCCUGGACAUGGGUACGGCAUGCGGUGUUUCCUAGUGGAUUUGCAUGGGCAUAUAUGUAUCGUCAUGAAGAUCAUGAAUCCACAUGGAGUCUCGGCUCUCUUUGCUCUUCAAUAUGACACCGAGACAAGUAACCUCUGUCUUCUGAAGACCCCAGACAGAUAUGCCAUCUUCAUCGGUGACCACAGGUGCUUCUCCGUCGAUGUUGAUGAGUUCCCAGGAACUGAGCCAGACUGUGUGUACUACACUGAACAUAUAGGUUCAUCCGCUCAUAUAUGCAAGUGCAACAUCAAGGAUAACAAAAUGGAGAGGAUCUCUGAAGCUGCUGAUUUUGUGAAGCAGGACAAGAAGUUUGUCCUGGUCGCUGACCGUCCUUACACCAUCAUCCACCUUCUGGCCAGCUACACCAUCAACAACCCGGACUCUCAACUGGCCUUGCAACAGAUUCCAUAA